CGGCUCUGGACGGAGGCGUCCGGUGCGAGCGUCCUCCUCGGCCGGUGGCCAGUGUGCGCCGGUGACAGCCGCGGUCGCUCCCCGCCUCCCCCUCCGCCGCCGUCCCCGCGCCCCAGGAGCCGAGGUGCGCGCAGUGGGCGCUGGAGGAAGGGAAGAAGGAGCCGGUGCCCGGGGUCGCCGUUUCCGCUGCCUUCUGCCCAGGGCUCUGGCCAUUCCCCGAGAACCACCGAGCGGGAUCCCCGUGCGGACAGUGAGUGCUGUCAACGCCUGUCCCUAUCCUGAACGCGAGGAGUGGCCCGUACACCUUCUGACAUGUCAGCCGUGUCGUCAGGUCUACCAUGGCUCAAGAGUCUCCCAAACAUCCAGCAGCAGAGAUCCCAGUGACUAGUAAUGGAGAAGUUGAUGACACCCACGAACACGGCUACCACAGGGAUUUGAAGCGUUCAUUGCCAUCUGGACUUGGGCUCUCAGAAACUCAAAUGACAUCUCAUGGCUUUGACAGUGCCACAGAGGGGGUUGUUGAAGCAGGAGCACAUGGAGGUUCCCCACCUCCCUUGCCGUCUGUGCUGUCCCCCAGUAGGGUUGCAGCCAGCCGACUGGCUCAAGAAAGUGACGUCAUCACCCCUGCAGGUGGCCAAAGAACGCAGACAAAGAGUGGACCAGUGAUCCUAGCAGAUGAAAUUAAAAAUCCUGCAAUGGAAAAGUUAGAACUCGUUAGAAAAUGGAGUCUAAACACCUAUAAGUGUACACGGCAAAUUAUCUCUGAAAAACUAGGCCGUGGUUCAAGAACUGUGGACCUUGAACUUGAAGCUCAGAUUGAUAUAUUAAGAGAUAAUAAGAAAAAAUACGAAAAUAUUCUAAAACUGGCCCAGACCUUGUCAACACAACUUUUCCAGAUGGUGCAUACACAAAGGCAGCUUGGAGAUGCAUUUGCUGACCUGAGUUUGAAGUCACUAGAACUCCAUGAAGAGUUUGGCUACAAUGCAGACACCCAGAAACUGCUGGCUAAGAAUGGAGAGACUCUGCUUGGGGCCAUUAAUUUUUUCAUCGCCAGCGUGAACACCUUGGUGAAUAAAACAAUCGAAGAUACUCUAAUGACUGUGAAACAGUAUGAAAAUGCCAGAAUUGAGUAUGAUGCGUAUCGCACUGAUUUGGAAGAACUGAAUCUUGGACCACGAGAUGCAAACACUCUGCCAAAAAUUGAGCAGUCACAGCAACUGUUCCAAGCCCAUAAGGAAAAGUACGAUAAAAUGCGCAAUGAUGUUUCUAUCAAAUUGAAAUUUCUAGAAGAAAAUAAGGUUAAGGUGUUACACAAUCAACUUGUCCUUUUCCACAAUGCCAUCGCUGCCUACUUCGCUGGGAACCAGAAGCAGCUUGAGCAGACACUCAAGCAGUUCCACAUCAAGUUGAAAACGCCUGGAGGAGACGCCCCGUCCUGGCUUGAAGAACAGUAAUGGCUCACCUAGGAGAGCGCAAAGGCCUUGCACUGCUCAGUUGACCUGCUAAGAAUUCAGCGGAGUCAGGGAAGGCAGGGAGGGGACAGCCACCCCUGUGAUUCUUGCACACACAGCUUUAAUUUUUCCCUUUUUCAUACCUUAACAAUUGAACUGUUCAAUUUGAUGGGAAAGUGGGUGAUUUUAAUGUAAACAUAAUUUCUAUAAUUCUAAACACAAUAAUUUUCCUUUAUGAAAAUUCUUUUUGUACUGUGAGGGCUGAUGGCUAUUUCUGCAGUCUGAAAACAUCUAAUAGAGAUUUGCACUGACAAGAUAACAAUUCAAGGGUUUGGUCCCAGAAAUGAGGCCAAUUGUGAUUUUUUUUUUCCCAGCAAGAGUUUACAUGAUUGGUGUCAGCAUCAGAUAUUUUAUAUAUGAAUAUAGUAAAUGUCUUUAAGAGAUUCGUUUUCAUGUACUGUCUUAAAGAGAAAGACACUAUUUUGCAGAGUUAAUUCUAUGGCGUCCCCGCAGCGUCCACACACAGGUGGCAGCUCUAAGGGAUGUUUGGUUGUCACACGGAGCUGUGGCAGAUACCUUCUCAAAAAUGAGUCUGUCCCACUGUCAUUUUGUUUAUCAUUUUUUCAGAUUCAAGACUCUCACUGUCAUUUCCGUAAGGUGUUCAGACAUGUGAAUUUGCGCCACCCAAAGUCAUUUGACAGUUAUGUUAGCAAUUUGUUUUGAUUUAUAAUAAAACUUGCUUACAAGCAUUUUUUGUUUUUUAGCACGUGGACUUGGGAAUGGAAGUUCUUCAUGGUUUCUAGAGUAGACAUUUAUAGUUAGAGAGCUAGUUUUGGGGUAAAUUCCAUUUUGAUAGAAGUGAAUUCCUAGACAGCUUUCAUUGGCUUCCAUAUGUAACAAUACCGAUUAAGCCUUAAUCACAGAUACGUGCCUUCUCAGAUACAGUAAGUCUUGUCCCACCCGUGUACAAAAGAAGAAGCCUGUCAGGUAACGUGUGAUGUGGCCGUGGCUCGGAAAGGUGCGCUCUGCAUACAUGCCGGGCUCGCUCUUCUCUGGAAACCACUCUGGAGGUUUCUGGGGAAACCAGCGUGUGCAUUUGCUGCUUGGUUUCCUUGAGUCCUCUGGACGGUGGGAAUAGGGAAGGAUUUUUUUCACUCCACUGUGGUGGUCACCGGAAGGAAAGGGGCUCGGAAAGGCCAGCUCUGUGUCGCUUGCACAGCGCUGUGAGUUUUGUUACGUGGUUGGCCUGUCCGCCGCGUGGCUCCACAGAGACAUGAUCUGCUAAACAGAAAGCUCUUUUGGAUGUGCCACGGACAUAAGUAUCUGAAAGCCAUCUCUUCACUGGUUCAUCUUUAUUGUGUCGAAAUGACGUACUUAAAAUUACUGUUAUACAUAAAUUUUGUGGACUGUAAAAUUUGUCAUAUGUGUCUAAAUGCUUUUUAGCUGGCUUUUUAAUUAAUAUGCCUAUUUUGAGUGCUUAAUACAAUGUAAUGUGAUUGUAAAUCGUAACCCUAUUUGAAAUUAUUCCCUCCUGUAUAUUUGUACUCUGAGAGAGCCUUAUUUUAUUCUUCCAGCAGAAUAACUACUUGUGAUAGUUCAUGUACAUUCCCAGACUGUGCCUCUGGCAUGAAUUUUGUAUCUUAGUAAAAGUGUUUGUGUGCUGCAGUAUCUUA